AUGGCUUCCGAAGCGGAAAUUGAUCUCUAUGAGAUCCUCGAAAUCGACAGAGGUGCAACGCCCGAUCAGAUCAAGAAGGCCUAUCGCAAGGCUGCACUGAGAUACCACCCAGACAAAGUACCCGAGGAGCAGCGCGAAGAGUCCGAGGUCAAGUUCAAGGAAGCCAGCCGAGCCUACGAGAUCCUCAGCGAUGAAGAUAAGCGCCACCUCUACGACACCCAUGGCAUGGCUGCCUUUGACGGCUCACGGGGAGGCCCCGGCGGCCCGGAGGUCGAUCUCAACGAUAUCCUGUCCCAGAUGUUCGGAUUCAACAUGGGCGGCCCCGGUGGCCCCGGCGGUCCUGGCGGCCCUAUGAGACCCCGAAAGGGACCCGACGAGGAGCAGGAAUACAAGGUCACGCUCGAGGAAUUAUACAAGGGCAAGACUGUCAAGUUUUCUGCCAACAAGCAGGUUGUCUGCAGUGUCUGCAAGGGCUCUGGAGGCAAGGAGAAGGCGAAGCCCACUUCCUGCGAGCGCUGCAAGGGCCACGGCAUGGUCGAGGCCAUUCGACAGAUUGGCCCCGGCAUGAUGCGCCGCGAGACUGUCCUGUGCGAUCACUGCACGGGCUCCGGCAAGGUGUACAAGGAGAAGGACAGGUGCAAGAAGUGCAAGGGCAAGCGAACCACACAGGAGAAGAAGGCACUGGAGAUUUACAUUCCCCGGGGAUCUAUGCAGGGCGAGCGCAUCGUUCUGGAGGGAGAGGCAGAUCAGUAUCCAGACCAGAUACCCGGAGAUAUUGUCUUCACCCUUAUCGAGGAACCCCACGACGUCUUUUCUCGACUCGGAAAUGAUCUUUCCGCAGAGUUGACUGUUUCCCUGAGCGAGGCCCUCAUCGGAUUCAACCGCGUAGUGCUGAAACACCUCGACGGCCGGGGUAUCCAGCUCAACCGACCGCGGGGCAAGGUUCUGAAGCCAGUGGACUGCAUCAAGAUCCCUGGAGAGGGUAUGCCCAUGAAGAGGGGCGACGCCAGGGGAGACUUGUAUCUCCUGGUCAAGGUCGAGUUCCCCGAGGACGACUGGCUGAAGGAUGAGUCUGCCUAUGAGGCAUUGGCGAAGAUGCUGCCACCACCACUGCCAGCUGUGGAGGCUGAGGAGAUUGACGAGGUCGAAUAUGAAGACGGCGCUGACAUUGAAGAGAUGGGUGCUGAUCAAGGCGAUCCUCGAUUCGGCAACGAAUGGGAAGACGACGACGAGGGCGAAGGCCAGACACAAUGCGCCACACAGUAA